AUCGGUGCAUUCAUGUAUCGGUAGUCUUGGAUCCGAUUUGAGUCUGCUGGCGGAUGGCGUUCUUUUGGUUUGAAUAACAUUCUGCGGGCAUCGUUUUCUUUCUCCCUAUUUCGACAUUCUCGCCUGCUGCUGCCAAAAAACCCGCCUUUGCAUUUUUUAUUCUCGGGAGAAGUUGACAGAGAUCGUGCUUGUUAGGUUGAUCGCGAGAUGUCGAAGUCAGGGGCGUUGGAUCUUGCUACAGGAGUAGGAGGGAAGAUCAAGAAGGAAGAUGUGCAGUCUGCUGUCGAGCAGUAUGAAAAAUAUCAUGUUUGUUUUGGAGGGGGUGAGGAAACAAGAAAAGCAAACUACAGUGAUAUGGUAAAUAAGUAUUAUGAUCUUGCCACAAGCUUCUAUGAAUUUGGUUGGGGAGAAUCAUUUCACUUUGCUCCCAGAUGGAAAGGGGAGUCAUUGCGUGAAAGCAUUAAGCGGCAUGAACACUUUCUUGCCUUGCAACUAGGGUUGAAACCUGGAAUGAAGGUGUUGGAUGUUGGUUGUGGAAUUGGUGGACCCCUACGAGAAAUUGCCAGAUUUAGCUCAACAUCAAUUACUGGAUUAAACAACAAUGAGUACCAGAUUUCAAGGGGAAGAGAGCUCAACCGUGUAGCAGGAUUGUCUGAGUCAUGCAACUUUGUUAAGGCCGACUUCAUGAAAAUGCCAUUUCCGGAUAACUCAUUUGAUGGUAUCUACGCGAUAGAAGCAACUUGCCAUGCUCCCGAUGCGGUUGGCUGCUACAAGGAGAUCUACAGGGUGCUGAAGCCUGGUCAGCGUUUUGCAGUAUACGAAUGGUGCAUGACCGAUCAUUUCGAUCCCGAUAACGAAAGCCACCAAAAGACCAAAGCCGAAAUUGAGCUUGGAAAUGGCCUUCCUGAUAUAAGAACUACAAAACAAUGCCUUGAUGCCUUGAAGCUUGCAGGAUUUGAGGUCAUAUCCGAGAAGGAUCUUGCAGCGGAUUCGCCUGUAUCUUGGUACUUGCCAUUGGACACAAGUCAGUUCUCGAUAACUAGCUUCCGCUUGACAUCAUUUGGGCGAUUCAUCACGCGAACCAUGGUCAAGACACUGGAAUUUGUUGGCAUUGCUCCUGCAGGAAGCAACAGAGUCUCAUCGUUCCUGGAAAAGGCUGCUGAGGGGCUCGUUGAAGGUGGAAGGAAGGAGAUCUUUACACCCAUGUGCUUCUUCUUGGUUCGCAAGCCUCUCUCAGAAUCUUGAGACGCAUGAGAUGUAUUUGCUAGCUUGCUUGGUGGCCGAAGACAUUGUCAUUGAUUAGUGGAUUGACUGUCGAACACAGAAACAUCUCGAUUGUUACAUUCUUUGGAUGUUUAUCUUGAAGAUCUUAGAAUGUGUUGCCAGAAUCAAUGUUCUGCUUAAGUAUUAUUAGCCAUCUCCACCUUCAUCA